UGUACCUUCUUCUUUAAAUGCAGGACUCAGCAGAAUGACUACGCCUGGAGCUGCCCCUAGCGGUUGUCGCACAGACCUGGAUGCCAGAUACUACAGACUUUGUGACCUGGCUGAAGGCUGGGGCAUCGCCCUGGAAACACUGGCCGCGGUAGGGGCUGUGGCCACAGUGGCCUUCAUGUUUGCCCUCUUGGUCCUCAUCUGCAAAGUGCAGGACUCCAACAGGCGAAAGAUGCUCCCCACCCAGUUCCUCUUUCUCCUGGGAGUGCUAGGGGUCUUUGGCCUCACUUUCGCCUUCAUCAUCAAGCUGGAUGGAGCCACAGGACCCACCCGCUUCUUCCUCUUCGGUGUCCUCUUCGCCAUCUGCUUCUCUUGCCUCCUGGCCCACACUUUCAACUUGAUCAAACUGGUCCGAGGGAGGAAGCCCCUGUCGUGGCUUAUGAUCCUAAGCCUGGCGGUGGGCUUCAGCCUGGUCCAAGAUGUCAUCGCCAUUGAAUACCUGGUACUCACCAUGAACAGGACCAAUGUCAAUGUCUUUUCUGAGCUGCCUGCCCCUCGGCGCGAUGAGGACUUUGUCAUGCUGCUCAUCUACGUGCUCUUCUUGAUGGUGCUGACCUUCCUUGCAUCCUUCUUCAUCUUCUGUGGCUCCUUCCCUGGCUGGAAGCGUCAUGGGGUCCACAUAUGCCUCACCUCUUUGUUCUCCAUCGCCAUAUGGGUGGCCUGGAUCAUCUUGCUCCUAAUCCCUGACAUUGGCCCUGAAUGGGAUGACACCAUUCUCAGCACAGCGUUGGUUGCCAAUGGCUGGGUUUUCCUGGUGUUUUAUGUCUUCCCUGAGUUUCAGCGGCUCCCGAAGCAACGGAGCCUCACAGACUACCCAGUUGAAGAUGCUUUCUGUAAACCUCAACUCAUGAAGCAGAGUUACGGUGUAGAGAACAGAGCUUACUCCCAAGAGGAAAUCACCCAAGGUCUUGAAGAAAUGGGGGACACACUCUAUGCACCUUACUCCACUCAUUUCCAGCUACAGAAUCGCCAAAAGGAUUUCUCUAUCCCGAGGGCCCAGGCCCCGGCCAGUCCAUACAAUGACUACGAAGGUCGGAAAGGGGACAGCUAAGUGUUGGGAAGAGUGGGACGACCAGAGUCAGGCAGCAGGUCCAGCCAGGAGUCCUGCAGAUGUGAACUGAGCCCAGAGCAUCCUAGGGGAACUGUACACGAGAAGCUGGCAGCCUGCCCAGCACGUGCUGUCCUGUCUGGGGCUGCUGCAUCUACCAGACUGCCUCUUCCGCAGCAUUCCGGGGUUUUCAUUUGUCUCAUCCUUAGGAUACUUUGUGGGUAGCUCAAGGCGAGGUUCUUACCUCUCCCACGAAUAUGAGCAAACAUCUGGUCACCUGGCUACUGACUGAUUUGUUCAUCCUUGGAGGCAACUCGUCUAACCAGGCUGGCUUCUAUGAGGAUCACUCAGCACAGGUCAGAACUGCAGAUCUGGACAAACGAAGAAAGGUCUGGAUCUCUACUCUACUCAUUUCAGUUCACACUGGAAGUUAAUCUGGCUGCGCCCUCCCAGGCCUUCCUGCCUGGGGAGGA